AGCAAAUUGGGUUCGAUUUCAAUGGUUUCUGAAGCCUCCAAGAUUGAAGAACUGCACAUAUAUGGGGAUGCAACAGCAUUGGAAACCUCAUCGACACAGACAGCUGGGAGAGAGAGAGGUUUGAGGAAAGAAACAUGAUGCUGGUGUGGGUUUUGGUGCUGACCGCACUGCUCGUCAAUGAUGUGGCAGGGAGAAACAAUUCCUUGGAAGUGGAGGAGACUCACCGGGAACUUAAAAAACGUGAAAUAUCCACAGGACCCUGUGAUGAAAACUGGUUUUAUUUUCCCCAUUUAUACUCCUGUUACCAGUUUUUCAGUGACAAGAAGACAUGGCUGGAAGCUGAGGAUUUCUGUAAUCAAGACCCACACUAUGGACAGCUGGCUUCUGUGAUCUCGAGCGAACACAACAGUUUCAUUUCUGAUGUGGUCAGGGCCGUGGACAUCAAGAAACCAAAAGCAUGGUUUGGCCUGAAUGACAGAUGCAAGGAAGGGACUUUCACAUGGAUUGAUGGAUCUUCGUACAGUUACCAAAACUGGGCAAAGGAUGAACCAAAUAAUAUUGAAAACAAUGAACACUGUGUGAACAUUCAUCGUUUCCAUGCUGCAUGACCUGUUGAGUUCCUCCAGCACAUUGUUUGCUGAUCCAGGUUCCAGCAUCUGCAGUCUCUUGUCUCGAUGAGAGAAGGGCAGGACUGGCAGCUCAAUGUUCCAGGAUACAGAUGCUACAGGCAUGACAGAGCUGAUGGAACUUGGAAUGAUGAAUCCUGUGACCUGAAAAUUGGAUUUGUUUGUUUCUACAAACUGCGUGGCAUUUAAACUCCAGAUUCAUCCACUCAUCUGUUCCAGCUGUGGAUUCAGUGCCUUGAUUUCUUUGUAACUGCUCUUGCAGCCUGUACUCGCUUAGCUUCUGAGCCAAUAAUAAAGAGAAUUGCAUCUUGA